UGUGGGAUCACCCCUUCCAUGUUCAUUGGUAGAAACCGUACACAUUAACAGCACAUUCAACUUUAAGUUUAUGCUUCUCCAAACUCGAGUUGCAAAACAGCAAAUAUAACAAAAAAAAAUUGUAAGGUGAAAUUAUAAUAUAUUAAAGUCGACAGAGAUUCAUUUACAAUAGACCUGUCAAAGUUGCUAGUUAACCAGGCAAAAUGGCAGAAGAUAGCUUAAUGCUUAGUGUCGGGUAAGCCUAAUGACAGUUCAUGCAAAUACUGAAGUGCAUGCAAAUGGAUAAACAAAUCAGCAUUACACACCCUUUGUGUUUGCUUUUGGACAAUGUUUUAAUUUCAUGGUGCAUUGUGAAAAAAAAGAGGUUAGAUUUAAAUUCUUCCAGUGGUCCUGUAGUAGCCUACCACUGCCUAUUCACAUUUUGUUUUUCUCUUCUUAAACCCACCAAGUUAAAGCUAGUUCAAGGUUUUUAAUCAGUGAAUGAGGUGAAUUAUUAUUUGAGUUGGGAGCAGGGAAAAUACCAAAAUGUCCACAGCAGUGGUACACCAGGACCAAAAAUGACAAACACUGGAUUACAUUUGAAAGCUAACACUUUUAUAUAAAUAUAAGUAUUUUAAACAUAUUUUAAACCAAUAGUAAAUUUGUGAUUUUGACUAACUGGAGGCACACUGCUGUGUGUUAUAUACCAAGGCAAAUUUAAACAAAAGGUCAACCAGCAGAUGUCGUAGCCGCACAGAGCAGUGAAUAGUCUUGUGUUGCCAGAUCGUGUUUCUCCGACACCAAGCUGCAAUUAAUGACAUUGCGUAAAGCUGGAAGAUCGAUAAUAAUAUCGCUUGCUGUUGACGCAUGCGAUUUCAUGCAUGUAGCGUUUAAUUAUUUAAUAUUUUGAAAUGGUUCAUUCUUAACAUUAUCCAUAUUAAGCCGAGACUGGCUAGGAUUUAAGGAAUUCAAUCUGGCAACCCCAUCUCAGAAAGAGACGCGCAGACUUGGCAAUGAGCAUGGAAGGGGUGAUCCCGCAUUUAAUAAUUUAAAUAAAUAAAUAAACGAUGUACGAAAAUAGUGAAAACGGUCCGGUUUCUUCUUCUGGGGAAAAGAGUUGUCACUCAGCCUAUAAUGUGGAUCCUCAACACGUAAAAUAUGAGAAAGGCACACAAAAAAGGAGAAAGAACAAGAUUAAACCAGAGAAGCCCAUGUUAUCAUUAGGCUACUACAGACACGGGGUUGCCAGAUUCUCACCCAAAAGUCCUUCACUGGGUUGUGCUGAAAAGUGCUUGGGUUUGUUGACAAAAUUUGGGAUGAUUCUUCUAGGCGAACAUUUACUGUUUAUUAUUAAAAUGGAAAGAAAUUCAUGCUACUAAAUUUGAGGAACUGGAUUGAAUGACUUUACUUAUUGCUCUGAAGAAGAAGCUUGCUAUUAUAUAUAUAUUAGUUAGGCUGUACUCCUAAAUAAUUCAGUGAUUAAGUAGUAAAUACGAUUAUUGUUUUGCCAUGAUGCCCGAUCCACCUAUGUGAAUCUGCACUGUUUCAAUAUAGGGAAUGUAUUAUGCACAGUGUGCAUUGGGAUGGAAACAUAAAAAAAAACAAUCUGGCAACACUGCGUACAGUAAACAGUUGUGGUGCGCUCUGUCGCGGCACGGCCUUCAGUGCAGACGUCGCGCGUGCCGCAUGUGCGCGCCUGUCGGUUUGGAUUCGUGUUUGAGUGCACAGGACGCCAGCGAGACUUGAAGGAAAACACACCUGCUCUCUUAUUUCGAGGGCAUGAUGAGAGAGAGAGGAGGAGGAGGACGAGGAGGACGAGGACCACAGAGAGCAUAACGAUGAGUGAACGUGCAGCGUAAGGAUUUUUGGUCAGGGAACGAAGAAGAAGAAAAAAAAAAACCAGCAAUGGAGAACCAAACGAUCACGGAGCCGCGAUGCUACGAGGACGUCUGCAAGAGCGGCUACCUGCGCAAGCCGAAAUCCGCGCACCGGCGCUUCUUCGUGCUCCGCGCGCCUUCUGAGCGCGGCCCUGCCCGCCUCGAGUACUACGAGAGCGAGAAGAAAUUCCGGAGCAAGUCGCCGGUGCCCAAGAAGGUUGUCGACCUGGAAUCGUGCUUUAACAUCAACAAGCGAGCCGACUCCAAAAACAAGCACAUGAUCGUGCUACACACCCGCGGAGAGAGCUUCGCCGUGGCCGCGGACACUGAGGAGUUGCAGAACGAGUGGUAUCAGGCCAUGCUGGACCUGCAGUGCAGAAGUAAGACCCCAGAAGACUAUGGCAGUGGAGGAGAAUGUGGACUGCUAUCCCCUGGCCCUAUUUUUAAGGAGGUAUGGCAGGUGAAGCUAUGGCCCAAAGGCCUAGGGCAAGCAAGGAACCUGAUCGGCAUCUACAGACUCUGCCUUACUGAUAAUACAGUCAACUUUGUGAAGCUCAACUCGGAUACACCUGCUGUAGUGCUCCAACUGAUGAAUGUGCGCCGCUGUGGCCAUUCAGAGAACUUUUUCUUCAUCGAAGUGGGCCGUUCAGCCAUGACAGGACCUGGAGAAUUUUGGAUGCAAGUGGAGGAUUCUGUAGUUGCACAGAACAUGCAUGAGACUCUUCUAGAAGCUAUGAAAGCCCUGAGUGAAGAAUUCCGUCAACGGAGCAAAACCCAGGCAGUGGGUACUUCCUGUGGAGGCGGCACAGCCUCGAAUCCUAUUAGCGUGCCAUCACGACGCCACCAUCCAAAUCUGCCACCUUCCCAGGUAGGCUUCUCCAGGCGGGCUAGGACAGAGACUCCUGGUGUGCCUCACAGUACCAACACAUCUCCAACAUCUCGACAUGGCUUCUCCCGGUCACGCACAGCUAGUAUUGGCGCACGGACAGAGGAUAGCAGUGGCAGAAUGACUGCUCUCAGCACCAGUCCAAGCCUCAAUGGCUCCUCUUGCUCCACCACCCCUACGCUACGACCCAAACCCACGAGAGCGCCUACCCCGGCCAAGAUCACACUUAGUUUGGCGCCAUACACCCCUAAGAACCCAGCACCUUCCCCAGCCCCUAGUCUCUCCUCUAGCUCCGGGCAUGGAUCCGAGUGUGGACUGAGUGGAGCUCCAUUAGGGACAGUGCCCAUCUGCACCUAUGCUCGGAUCCCACAGAGAGUGUCCAUGUCAGGCUCCCCGAGUGACUAUGGCUCCUCUGAUGAGUAUGGAUCUAGCCCUGGUGAGCACUCCCUUCUUGCUGCAGGUCUCUCUACUGCAUUAGUAGAUGGCUCUACUAGCUGCAUAUUAGUGGGUCACAGAGACACCGCUCACAAGAGAAUGCAUGGGCGCAGGAUUCUUCGACGCUCCUCUAGCAGAGAGUAUGAAGCUGAGCGUAGGUUACAUAGCAAGCGUACUUCUCUUCCACCUUCUACUGCUCGGGAGCGUAUAGUGCCUCAUUGCAGGGAAGAAGAAGAUGAAGAGGAUGAAGACUACGCAGUGAUGUCUCGCAGCACCAGCAGAGAAUCAUUCACCUCACGUCGAGGCUCAGGAAGCUCAGUAACUCCAAGUGGGCAGGUGGAAACUUCAGCAAAUAAAGGUGUCAAUACAAAGGAGAGUCUGGAGAACACAUCGAUUGACAGUGGUUACAUGUCUAUGCUGCCAGGUGUUACAGCUCCUGCAAGUCUGUCUCUUUCAGUGUCUGAAACGGAACCAAAGGGAGGGGAUGAGUACAUGACUAUGACCCCCAACAGUAGUGUUUCACCCCCACAGAACAUCCGGCUUCCUGUCUCUGAGGGCUACAUGAUGAUGUCCCCCCACAGCAGCUGUUCACCAGAUCUACAUGGAAUGAGUGGGUGCUUGUGGGGUAGCAGGAGCAGCAUGGAGAGUCGAGCAGGCAGUGACUACAUGAACAUGUCACCCAUUAGUGCCAGGUCAGCCUGCAGCACACCACCUUCACACCCAGAACAACAUCCACUACAGCCCAAAACUGUGUACUCCUACUUUUCCCUGCCACGGUCGUAUAAACAUACCACCCUCUCUACUCGCUUUGAGGAUAAUUUGGGAGAGGGGAGGAGGCCAGAGGCAAUUUCUAGGGGUGAAGGUGUUUCUGGAAGGAGGACUGGACGGGGUGGUUAUCCCAGUAGUGCUGACUCUGCUGCUGGCCCCAAUGGAGGUGGAAACCUUUCCCUGUCCUCCUCAUCAUUUUCUUCCAGUUCAGCAAGCACUGAGAGUUUGGAGGACAAACCUCUGUCCCUGCCUGCUGGUGGAAUUGGGAAGGCCACCAGGUCGAGCACAGGACACAGGGUAGGGGGUGUUCACCCCAGAGAUUCAGCCCACCAUUUUCACCAGCAGAGACGAGGGCCAGGUGUCCAGAAACAGGGUCAUCCACAGCAACGAAAAGGCAGACCCUUUAGUCUCUAUGUGGACAUGUCCAAAGCCAACACCCUACCAAGAGUCAAAGAAAAUGUACAGCCAUUAGUACCCCAAAGCUCUGGUGAAUAUGUUAGCAUUGUUUAUCAGGGUGAUCAGGGAAAGUGCAGCAGAGUGGUAGCAGGUUUAGAUCAGGGGAGCACUGUGGUUGAAGGGCAUUCAGGAGCCUUAUACCAACCGUCUGCAUGCCAAACUGGUGGUACCAAUCUGCCCCGCAGUUUCUCAGCACCCCUCUCGACUUCCAUCUCUGUGUCCUCAGAGUAUGUUAACAUGGAUUUGGGUCAUUCAUCAUCUCCUCUGUCCUGCACAUCUCUCUCUUCUUUCAGUCCCACCCCAGCAGUAGCUCCAAAAGCAAGAGAGAAUCCCACGAGGGCACCUCAAGUGGCACAGGAAGCUGAAAAGGCACACAGAAAGAGUGGUAUGUCCACUUUGCCGUCUGGGGAUAUGACUGGUGCGCCUUUCACAGGCAACACAGAAAUGGCAUUUGGAUUGGCUAUAGUAGAAAACCCCUUGCAUGGUCCUAAACCUGGGCAAACAGCUGAGCAAUCUUCUAUUGAGCAGGAACAAAGCAUGGAUUUCCACUCACCCAAGGUAUUCCCCAAGUUAGACCAAGGUGCCAGACUAGUCAGAGCGGAAUCAUCAGCAAGACGGAGACAUCGCUCAGACACCUUCAAGGCACCUCCAGCACUCUCUCCCUCUUCCUCCUCCUCUAUUUUUGUGGAAGCUCCCCAGGCCACUACAACUCGAUGCCAUGGGCUAGAGAGUUCCCUUUGGGCUACUGGGCAGCCAUCUGGUCCUGGGAUGGCAGCUCUAACUACAGCCCAGGCUUCAUCUUUGUUACUAGAGCAAGGUCUAAAUUACAUUGACCUUGACUUGGCUGGUAAGGACAACCCUCAAAUGAGCCUGGAUGGAUCUUCUGGGCCCCACUUCACUGUCCUGGGAGAAGGGUUAACAGUGGGAUUAGGUGGAACAGCAGCCGGGGGAAGCAGCAACUCCAGCAUCAACACAUAUGCCAGCAUUGACUUUUUCAAGUCAGAGGAACUAAGAGUCCACCAAAAUAACAGGAAAGACAGCAAAGAGUGCUGAUCAUCCUGCUUGGUGAAGAGGAACAGAUGUGUGUGUGUGCGUGUGCAUUAGAGAGCGAAUGCGUGGGUGUGUUGUAUGCGUCUCCGUGUGUGUGAGUUCUGCAGGUGUGGACGCUCACCUUGUAAAAAAUCUUUUGUUUCCAUCGGUUACAAUCGGAACAAAAUUUUGCCAAAAGACUAUUGGUCAUGACAAACCAUUCACACUAAGACGGACAUCUCCUUCAGCCAAUCGGGAAGGAUUAAAGCAACUCUGACUGCCAACCAGGAGCCAAUGAUAUUCCUUCCUGUCCCCCCCCCCCGUCAUUAUGAAAAUUUCAAAAAUAAUUGUAAUA